AUGGGAGUAUCACUAUCACUAACGAGCAGAAGCUAUGUCAACCAGACGGUCGCGACCGCCAAUGGCUUUGUAUCAACCCCCAACAACACCGCGAGAAUCAUCCCUGAUACUACGAACCUCUGGCCGACAGGAGGUAAAGGUCGACCUUCUGUGCGCAUUAUCAGUGACAAUACCUACACCCAUGGCCUGUUCAUCCUUGAUCUGUCCCACAUGCCCACCGGUUGUGGCACAUGGCCUGCGUAUUGGCUGCUUGGACCAAACUGGCCAACCAAUGGCGAGAUUGAUAUGAUCGAAGGCAUCAACACAAGUCCCUCGGACUCGGUAUCGUUGCAUACCAGCCCUGGAUGUCAAAUAGACGGCGCAGGGCAGACUGGCCAAUUCCAGACAUAUAAUUGCGACAAGAAUGUCAAUGGUAAUUCAGGCUGUGGAACGCUUCUCAAUUCUUCGACCAUUCCGAACAACUAUGGAACCGGCUUCAACAUGAAUGGAGGCGGUGUUUAUGCCACAGAAUGGACAUCGAACUUUAUCAAGACCUGGUUCUUCCCUCGCGGUAGCAUCCCGAGUAGUAUCACGAAUGGCUCUCCCAACGUGUCGACCUUCGGUAUACCCACCGUUAAUCAGCAGAGUGGCGGCGGUUACAGCUGUAAUAUUGACAGCCAUUUCAAUAACAUGAGCAUCAUCAUAAAUACUGACUUCUGCGGUGCUUGGGCUGGUGAAGUCUACUAUCAGUAUCAAGACUGCCCGCAGAGUCGACCCGCGAAUCAGAGCCUGAAUUCAUGCACGGACUUCGUUGGCAACAAUCCUACCUAUUUCCAGGAGGCAUACUGGCAGAUCAACUCGCUCAAGGUUUACCAAAUGCCAAGUGCAGCCCAAGGAAGCUCAACGUAUUCGACCAGCUUGUCUUCCGUCACGCCCAGCAUAAGUGUCAGUAAUUCUGUUGUCGGCCCUGGCGCGUCGACUACAGGCAUGAGCAGUGUACCAUACACUGGACCGAUCUCCUCGACCUUCACUCCAUCCUCGUCGUCCUCCGGCUCAUCCCCAUCUUCGACAUUUUCCGGAUCGUCCAGCAAUUCUUCUAGUACCUCGUCGCUAACCGCGGCGUUGUCAAGUUCUGUGAUGACCACCUCGAGCGGCGUCUCAAUUUCAACGCCACUGGGAACGACUACCCGAACGACAACCACCACAGUCACCUCUUCCGUGCCUACAACGACUACUAUCGGUGUGACCAUCACUCAGUCGUUGAGCACUAUAUUAUUGUCUGGAUCUACGAGUAUCAUGAGCAGUGGCACAUCAGCAGUAUCAUCUGUAUCAACGACAAUCAGCACUACAACAACAACUGCAACUUCUUCUAUGCCGACGACCACUACAAUUUCUGUUACGACUACAUUAUCGUCUGGUGGAACAUCUACAGGGUUAAUCUCAUCACCAUCAGGUAGCUCAAUUUCGAGCUCAUCUACAACAUCGUCCUCGUCGAUGGCCGCAUCAUCUUCCGCUGCUCUAUGCGUGAAUAACACCCAAGUCGUGGAUGCCAGCGGCGCAACGUACACGCUAUACUGCGGCAUGGACACCACGGGUGGCCAAUUGAAGAUGAUGGCCUUCAAUACUGGAGAUUAUCGCAACUGCGCAGGACUUUGCGACACGACAGCAAGUUGUGGAGCUUUCACUUUCGUCCCGAACUCCGGCAGUGCGCCAGGAGGUACUUGCUAUUUGAAAGGAGCAGACGCUAGACCUGUCGCUGGUAACGCGCUCGUCAUCACUGGUGUGCUUGUGAGUGGCGGUUCUAUGACUUUGAGCAGCAGCGGCAGCAUGUCCAGCUCUUCAUCGUCAUCCGUCUCACAGCAGCCGUCUGGCAGCAUGGCAGUCUCUUCGUCACCCUCGGGUACGACGAGCUCAUCCUCAAGUCCGAUCUCCCCAUCAGCUACAGCGUUGUGUCCGGGAGUAAACAACACACAGCUUACCGACAGCAACGGCAUGAAUUAUACCAUCUACUGCAAUAGUGAUACGGCGAACGGAGUGUUCGGUACGCAGUCCUAUUCACGCGGUGACUUUACACAGUGUAUGAGUGGUUGCGACAGCACCACUGGCUGUACAUCUUGGACAUGGAUGUCAUAUACGGUCGGCGGUAUAUGCUACUUCAAAAAGGGCGCCGACCACUUUGUUACAAGCGAUAGCUCUCACGUCGCAGGUAUUGUUGCGAAUGCCGCACCCAGCCCUUCGACCACCUCAUCCAGCUUUGUCGGGUCCGGGACGAUGUCUUCCGGUACGUCAUCGCCAACAAGUACUCCAUCGGGUAGCAUAGUCUGUCCAGGCGCCAACGACACCACGUACACCGAUACAAAUGGGCAUCAAUACACCAUCCUGUGCGACACGAAUACUAGUCCUGGAGCGAUUGAUGUCAAGAGCGAGCCCGACUUCCCGAGCUGUAUCAAUGCUUGUGCUACCAACACCAACUGCGUGGGCGUGACCUACUCGGGAACGCAAUGCUUCUUCAAAGCUCAGUUGCAAUCUACAACAUCCGCACCUGGUAUAGAAGCAGCCUUCUUGUCGCCCCUAGUGCACAAGCCCAGCCCAAGUAGCACAUCUUCAAGCAGCUCUCGCAGUGCCACACCCAGCACGAGUAGUGUCAGCCAGUCUCCUGGCAGUCUAGCAAGCUCUAGCUCUUCUUCUGGCGUGUUAUUUAGCACCGCAUCGGCAAGCAGUACUAGCAGUAUUCCGCAGUCUGUAUCGUCCACGGGUAGCAGCACAAGUCUGACAACUAGCAUUGGGUCCAGCUCGAGCAGCGGGAUACCGACCGGAACUGGUACCGCGAGUAGUAUUGGGCGCUUGAGCAGCUCUAAAUCGUCAAGCAACUCGAUACAGCCAAGCACGUCUUCACAAACAAGCAGCUCGAGUCAAUCUAGCACAUCCAGCCAAAGCAGCACCGUGUCAGGCGGCAUUUCUUCGAGCAGCACAAGUGUAUCAAGCAAUAUGCCAACUAGCUCUAGCUCGUCGACCAGUCUUUCAGUGGCGUACACAACUUACGAGAGCACCACCGUCGUAAGCACCAACGGCGGAUCAUCGACCAUGAUAGUGACGACCUCCGGCUAUGUCACUCAAACACCAAGCAUUACCGUAUCCACGUCUGUCUCAGCUUCAGUCACCUCAAGCAAUAGUAGUCUUGCUAUGUGUGAUGCGAGCGCUACUCCCUCCGCUUCUGGUGGGGCUUGUCAGGACGCUUAUGGCAAUGCUUUCAAUGUCACUUAUGGCAGACAAUACACCGGAACCGUGCUCACGAGGGCCAAAGCGUCUAACGUCAACUCCUGCCUACUACAAUGUGACAACGCUCCGGGCUGCAAAGCGGCCAACUACCAAGAUGGCACUUGCGAGCUGUUGAGCAACGUUACAGGAACGACCAGUGUACCUACUAAUGGGACAGUAGUGGCUGGAGCACUAAGACCGGCAGACGUCAGCACUGUGUACACCACACCGCCAGCUACUAGCACAACCUCGAUGGCUAGUGAAUCAGUUGCAGGCUAUCUGAGUGACUCGUCUACAUCUUCCAGCUCUCUCAUCACGACCCCGAGUGGUAGUGUGGCUAGCACGAGCGCCAGCUCCAUAUCAGUAACCGGCUCGACCUCUACUUCUUCAGGUAGCAGCAUCUCAAAUUUGACCAUGAGCACACCAUCAGCAAACAGCAGCUCAACAUCCACCUCAAGCGCUACUUCAGCCGCACCAGCUUGUCCUGCCAAUACGGCACCUUACUGCGCGAGUCCCGGAUCGAACUUGACCUGUUCAGAUGCAUACGGAGCGACUUACACAAUCCGCUGUGGAUAUCUCAUUCAAGGUAACGUGCUGAACCCUGCGCCUGGCAAUCACAGAAGACAAAGUGCGGAACCAGGUUAUCAGAGCUGCACUACCCUCUGCGACGCAACCACAGGCUGUAUCGCUUUCAAUUAUGUCGGCAAUGCUUGCACGUUGCUCGGUCCCGUGACAGGCUCGAUUGUAGUCAAUGGUGCAAUAUCUGGUAUUCAAGUAACGAAGCCUAGCACCACGCCCAUUUUGACCAGCUCAAGCUCAACUGGCGGAGCGUCGAAUUUGCCUACAGUCACGACAUCUUUCCCCUCUGGGGCCACCAUCACCAUUACCCCCACAACUACAAUCACGCCAUCUCUACUAUCGGGUGGAACAUUUACCACUGGUCCUAGCGGAUCGUCCUACAUAUAUACCAGCCCGCAAUCAGGAAAUGGUGAUCUUGGGCCGACCGGCGCUUGCCCCAACGGUGCCGCAGCUUCGUUGUGCUAUACCUGCGCUCUCACGCCCACAGUCGUUUGUGGCAAUUCUGGAGGAGUCACAGGGGCUGUGACUUCGGGACCAACCCUAGGCCCAUCUUAUCCAAGCACUUGCACGCUUACCGCAACCACAGGAGCUGGGACUACCACGAUUUUCACGACGCACACGAUUACAGCUUGCGGCAUGCCGAUGACUUGUCCAGCUUCUGGCUAUAUCAUCGGUAGAGGUGGUGCUACUCAAAGCGGACAGGUCGUUGUGACGACGACGAAUAACAAUGGGCAGGCUAUCACUUACACUCAGAUCCCCAAAGGAACUGGAACAGGUAGCGAGUUGGGCAGCGGUGGAUCAGGAAAUGGCGGACUGGGAAACGGUGGAUCGGGGAAUGGUGGAUCGGGGAUGGGAGGUAGUGGCGGAUCGGGAUAUGGAGGUUCAGGUGGGUCUGGGACCGGUGGCAACGGAGGAUCAGGGACUGGUGAAUCAGGGACUGGUGAAUCAGGGACUGGUGAAUCAGGGACUGGUGGUAACGGCAAUUGA